AGCAGGCAGUGCAGCCUAGAGACGCUGACAAAGGACCGGAGGAGCAGUGGCAGCUGCUUUCCGAGGAGCCGGUGUUGCCGAGGCGUGAGGAGGAGGAGUGUUCCCUGAUGGAGGAAACCGUUAUUAAUUGCCAAAAUGCUUUGGAGUUUUUAACUAACUGACUUAAGAAAAGUCCCAACUAGAUUUGAGACUAUAAAAACCGAAGCUGCAGCAAGGGCGAUUCAGUGCCAAUGCAUCAACAAAAAAGACAGCCAGAGUUAGUGGAAGGAAAUCUUCCUGUUUUUGUGUUUCCCACGGAGCUAAUAUUUUAUGCAGAUGACCAGUCAACACAUAAGCAGGUGUUGACUCUGUAUAAUCCCUAUGAGUUUGCCUUAAAGUUCAAAGUUUUGUGUACUACUCCAAAUAAGUAUGUUGUCGCUGAUUCUGCAGGUGCAGUAAAGCCUCAGUGUUGUGUGGAUAUUGUGAUCCGUCAUAGAGAUGUUCAAUCCUGUCACUAUGGUGUAAAAGACAAGUUCCGCCUCCAAGUUUCCGAGCAAAGCCAGAGGAAGGCUUUAGGAAGGAAAGAGGUGGUGGCUAUUCUUCUCCCAUCUGCAAAAGAACAAAAGGAAGAAGAGGAAAAAAGGAUAAAGGAACAUUUAACCGAAAGUUUAUUUUUUGAGCAGUCCUUUCAACCAGAGAACAGAGUGGUCUCCUCUGGCCCGAGCCUGCUGACCAUCUUCCUGGGAGCGGUGUGCAUCGGUGCCCUGAUGCUUCCCACGCUGGGCGAUGUGGAGUCACUGGUGCCUGUCUGCUUGCACUUGAGUGUGAAUCAAAAAUUAGUGGCUGCUUAUAUCUUAGGUCUUAUCACAAUGGCUAUACUUAGAACAUGAGCAAGGAAUUCAGUUGACUUCUGAAGUAAACUUAUCUUGCAAAUAUGAAUGCGGACUGCCUUUUAUCUCUCUCUCACUCCAUUAACAUGCGACAAACUAUUGAGUGAUUUACAGUAAUUGCAAAACUAUAAUAUAUAUUUUAAAUUACUCUCUAAUUUUAUUGGAAGGACUCCAGCUCAUUAUGUCACAGACAGCAAGGAUGCUUUUAAGCGACCCCUAGGAAAUUAUUUGAAGAAACUCUUUUUAUAUCUAAAGCUAUUGUGCAAAAGACUUUAAUUAAAACAUCUGCUAUUUUGUCAUCUUUUUUUUUCCUAAUUCACUUUGAUUCCUAAGGUCAUACAUCCUUCAAAGUGAAAGGCCUGAAAGAGCAAACUGAGAGCAAACUGACCAGCCUGAACAUUAAAUGACAUUUAUUUCCUAACUACAAACAGCAAUGUUACUAUGUAAAUUAUACCUUGUCCUCUGUCAUUAUAAACAGUUGCCAUGGUGUUUUUAAAAUAAGUUUUACAGUUACUGUGUGGAGGGUUAAAAAAAAAAAGAAAGGAAAAAGCAUCUAGGGUUUUCUUUAACCC